AUGGAACAGUCUCCUGAGCAGCAACAACAACAACAGCAAAGAAGCCAAAGUCCCCGGCCAGAGGGAGCCGCGGUGUUAAGGCUUUACGGGCUACCGUACUCCAUCAAAGAGGAAAAGAUUCGGGAGUUUUUUGGAUCAUUUAGUUUGGCAGAUGAAGAGCCCAUUGUAUUUUUUGUUGAGGGCCUUCAUCGCGGGACAGGGUUUGUUCGACUUCGUAACGCGGAGGACGCGGCGUUGGCAAUUAACCGCCUGCAUCGCCAAAACAUAGAUGAAACCCGCUACGUUGAGAUCUCCACAUCAUCAGAGGAGGAGCGACAGCGUAUUAUGGAGCAACAAGAGCAAAGCAAUAAGGCUUGCGUUCUGCGGCUUCGCGGGCUCCCCUUUGCGGCUACGGAAGAUGAUGUACGAACCUUCAUUGAAUCUAUGGAAGGUGUAUUGAGCAUUGACAUCUGCCGUGACAUGGACGGGAGGAACACCGGAGAUGCCUUCAUUGAGCUCGCAUCAGAGGAAGAUGUGAAGCGUGUCAAACUUCUUCAUAGCAAAGCAAUGGGCAAUCGUUACAUUGAAGUUCUGCCCUCUACUGUAUAUGAUCGCGAUGCCAUCAUGCGAGCCUCCAGUCAGCGCUCGCGGCGGGGUCGACGAAGCGGUCGUGGGUAUGAAAUAAGUGUCACGGAUGGCGAUGUUUCGCACCACCAGGGCCAUGAGUCGAUGAUGGUCCAGCGGAUUAUUGACCCUUUUGUUCCAACUACUUAUGAGGGUUACAUGCAACCGUUGGGGUUUGGGGGCCAGAGGCCAUUUCACCAUCAAUACCAUAACAACCAUCACCACGCCCAACACCACAGUGCGCAAAUGCAAAACUACUACCAUAACCACCAACAUCAUCGUCAAGCCCAACAGUUUCAUCACUACAGUCCUCAUAAUAACUCUUUCAUGAAUCCGCGUGGUGGUGGUGAUGGACGAGAUGUCCGUUACUCCAUGAACAAUCAACCGUAUCGCCGGUUCAGCGAUGAGCGGGGGAUUGUUGGCGGUGGAGGAAUUGUUGCCGAAGGACCUUCCGCGCCAUAUCCCCCCGGUGCUGGCGGAGCUCCACCGCCACCAUUUCUUCCAGUUUUCCCUGGGCAGUCAUCGCUGGUGGUGGCGCGGCAGCCGAGUCCCUUCGUUGUGCGAAUUCGUGGCGUGCCAUACAGCGCCUCAGAGGAGGCCAUUGCGGAGUUCUUCGCUGGUGUAAAAAUCCCGCCGCAAGGGGUUCAUAUGGUUUAUGAUGAGCGUAAUCGUCUGACGGGAGAAGCCUUCGUGGAGGUUGAGGACAGAAAUGAUGUGCUUUUGGCACUUGAUAGAAAUGGUGCAAUGAUGGGCACGCGUUAUAUUGAGGUAUUUGAGAGCAGUCCAGCGGCGAUGCAGCGGUUAGGGACAGCGCAAAUGGGAAUGAUGUCUUAUCCAAUGGUACCACAGAUGUUCUGUUAA